AUGGACAAGUUAAGAAGCGCGCUGAAGGGAAUAUGUUCCCAGCUGAAUAGCGACAGUGAGAAGGAGAUAGAAAGAGGUCUGAAAGGUCUAUAUGGGUUGAUAAAAAAUAAUGGAGACCUCUCUGAAGAAGAUUACAACAUGUGUGUGGAUAUUUUAAUUAAUAAUAAUUACCUCAAUGUGAUCAUUUUUGUGUUAUCCUUGGAGGGUGAGAAAACUAAGGGAACCAAGUCAGUGCAGAAUAUUAAUCUGAGAUAUGUUGAAAUAAUUUUCUACAGUUUGAAUUGGCUCCUUCGGAACAAGCUGGGGAAAACACCCGGCCCCGAUGAGGAGUGCCAAAAAAAGUUUGUCAAAUCAGAGGCCUUCCAAAAUGUAGGUCUUUUUCUCUGUGAACAAAUGAAUCUUCUCGAAAUUGCCAUUUUGAACAACUUCAGCUAUAACCGAAUAUUUAUUUUAAAUGUCAUUCUGUACCUUUUCCUUUUCCAUGAAAGGUUUCAUUUUGUUUUUUGUUCUUCUUCGUUGUUAUUAAAUUUGAUUGAAUUGAAAAAGAAUCUCAAAACCGUUUCCGAGUUGAAGCGGAAAAAUGAGUUGACCCAUUUGGAGGACAGUGGGGAUGAGGUGGAUGGGCUGGAUGACGUGAUUGAUGACAACGUGGAGAGGGCAGGACGGGGGAUCCUCGAUGGGGAGGAAGAUCAAAGUGUUCCAACGGGGGAUGAGUCCCUUUUGGGAGAAGACUCACAGAAUGGGGACAACUCAGAGGAAGGAUACUCUCGUGAUACAAAGAAGGGGAGAAAGAAGUACCACACAGGUGAUGACUACAUCAAAGAGGACGAAACUCUUCUUUGCAGUUACAAUUUUCAAAACGAAGUGGUACAACUAUAUAAGCACUUACUGAACAGGGGUGCUGCAGGGGAUGUGGCAAAGGAAAGGGAAAAAAAGAGGACUGUUGAAAAUUGCGAAUUCUACGCAGAAAUGCAAAUAAAGAAGAAAAAUGGGAAAACGAAAACUUUUAAGGAAAAGAUUGUAGAUAGAAAAAAGGAGAAGCAGAAAAGAAGAAAGCGAAGUAAACAUGACACAGGUCAGGCAGAUCAGAAUAGCAGAGCCGUCAGCAAGGCCGAUUUCGAAGCAGUGAGGGUGGCGUUCCUAAUCAUGUGUGCAUACUGCUACUUAGAUAGCACGAGGAGCGACAAAAUACACACCCAUUUUCACACGAUCUGUGAGGAGAUACGCAAAAUAUACUGCAGCAGUGGGGAAGAGCUACGCCACUACAUUAUUCUGUGUCUUUACAAAAUAUUGGAGAAAAGUGAGACAUAUAAAAAUAUGAACGUUUUUUUUAAUGUGAUAAAAUUGGUGGGAAUUUUCUUCAAUGAUGUGCAGAGUGAGAUGGACACGACGGUGCUGUUUUUUAUAAACGAGUUGUUAAAAAAGAGGAAGUUCAGCGAAAUAUACAAAAAUGAGAAGUUCAAUUGUAAUUGUAUCUUCCUUUUGAAGUGUUCGUAUGGGGAGGAUAAUGAAGAGGGGCAGGAAGAAAAGAAGGGGAAAAAAAGACGUUCCCCGUCCGGCUCUUCUCCCUCCGCAUCGUCGUAUUAUCUGGCCGUAAAUUGCAACAGGAAGAACAAGGGAGGGGAGCUAGCCAACAUAUAUGGUGAUCUGUUCGAUGGCACCGCAAACAUGCAAAAUAAAAAGUACGCCCAAGUGAGAAAUCAAUUGUUCCUGAUGGGAAUACAAAAAAGAGACAUUCGUCGAAUCUGUCUCAUCUUCGCGAAUCUGGAAAUGUAUAUAGCUACCUGCAUAAGAGAAACGAAGCAGUAUUUAAUCACGCGUCACGUGAAGGAAGAGGAGGAGGUUAUUCUGUUGAGAGAUAAGUCCUACAAUGAUGAAAAGCAAAUCCAGAACAAAGUGAAUAAUGCUUUCCUUUCCUUCUUAACGGACUUAAAAAUAAAUUUUUUUAUUAAUCAUUAUAUUGUUGUAAUCAGUAUAGAAAAGUACCAGCACUUUAUCAACCUCUACUAUGGCAGCAGCAAACUGCACGUUUUAACAUGUGACGACAACCUUUUUUUGUUCCUGCUUCUGUACAUUGAUGGGAGCACCAAGAGUGACACCAACCCGGGUGAGGACAUACCCGAACUGUGCCACGAUGAAGGGGCCACUGCAUUGGGGACAAGUGAGAGGAAGAGAAAAAUGAGCAAUGCAGCACCAAGCGAUGAGAAAGGGGACAAUUUGAGAAGGAAAAAAAAGAAACUAGAAGGAAGCAGCAGUGAGUUAGUAAAUAAUAAGUGCACUUACAAAUCGGGAGAAACUUCCCCCCGCUUAUUGCAAUACAGAUAUGCAUACCAAAGUGUCAAUAACGAAGUGGUGCGAAAUACAAUUUUUUUAAAGCUAUGUGGAGAGGCAAUUCAUUUGAAAGUUUUGGUAGAAUUGUACGACGCCGUUAAAGAGGGGUCUACGAUGAACAGUGAAGGAGCGAUAAUCGACCGAAGGGUGGUGAUGCAAAAUGUGAAAGAAGCCAACAGUUAUCUGCACCAUUUGGAUAACGAAUUAAAUUACAAAAAAAAAAUUGAAGAAAUUUUAUUUUUUUUUAUCCCCAGGAACGUUACCAAGUAUAUUGUAGAAAUGUUUACGAAAAGAGAUAAGCACAACUACUACAAUUAUUUUAUUAUGUGCUACUUGCACUACACGUUUGAAAUUUACAAGUGCAUUUCCAAGUUUGUACUGUCGUUGGAUUCGUUCUUGCCCUUCCCCCAAGGGGUGAACAAAACCAUUUUGAUGAACAGGAUAAAGGAAGACCUAUCUAUUGCCUUUUACAACCGCGUUAGUUCGUACUACCUGUUCGACAUUGCCUAUAUAAAUAGGUACAUUAUAAAUGAGAUUAAGGGGGCGCAAAGUAGUGAGGUGUGCAGGAAGGAUACCCGUGAUAGUGGCCACCCUGGGAAAAGAAACAAUCUACCAGGUGUAGGCACCACUUUGCAAGCCAACCCACCUCACGACAGCGACUCUGACGAUUACACCUUUAACAUCGGCGCCAAGGACCACGAAAUAGUAAAUACGAGAAGUGAAAAAAAUCAGGAAAAACGCGAACACAUCCUUCAGUUGCACUACUUCCUGAAUGACGUCCACAUAAAUACAGACAAUUUGUACGUCUACCAUUUUGUGCUAGUAACCAAUUUUAUCAACCUUUUUGACGAUAGCGAAUUGAGAAAAAAAUUAUUAAAUGAGCUGUACAGUCAGAAGAGAAUUAUAGAAAUAAGAAACUUUGAAUUGUUUGCAAAUGUUAACGAGAAUGUAUAUAUGAUAUUCCUCAAGUUGUUUUUCGAGAAGUGUUAUUUCCCGCUUGAAAGUUACCACUUGUUGGAUAAUCUGUUUCCAAUUUUGGCGUACUACAAGAAGAGGAUUCUUUCAACGGAGGAUCAAUGUGCAUCAGAUGUGCAGUUGGCGUUUUACUCCUUCGUGGAGACCCUUAUACACAAAAUGCUGAGGAAGACGAAAAUUUUUGACUCCCCCCAUGUGGAUGAUUUGCUUUUGUUUUUGAAUUUCUUGAGGGGCAUUCCUAGCCUGCGCCAAUUCGUCGUUGCGCUGUCCGUUUUUUGUCGCCUUUUUAACUUGCACAAAAGUAGGGCAGUGCAUAAUGACAGUGGUGCACCUAAUGAAGUGACCAGAGAAGUUUCCAUCGAAGGGGUGGGGAACAGUACAAACGAAUUCCAAAAGGAGAACCCACUUCGGGGCGAAGCCUCCCCCUUCUUCGUCAUCCUAGUAGAACUGUUCUUCACGAACAACCUGAACUUCGCGCUGAAGGGGAUACCAAUUAUGAAGGUCAUCAAGGAGGAGAAGCAAACUAAGGGAGGCGCCGGCGAUGUGUUCGAUUACACCCUCGAGGAUAUUAUACAGGUGUAUAUAAACUACCUGGAUUAUGUAAAAUAUGUUUUGCUAUUGAACCCGUAUGCUUAUCUUAGUGUGAGAGAAAAGUUAAAAAAUCAGAGAAGCUUGGGCGAACUUUUUUGUACCUUUACGAGGAAGAAGGACUUUUUACAAACGGGGGACAACCUCUGUGAUAGCCAAAGGGGGGGAGAUACACCCAGUAACGCCCCCUCGUUUAAUCCACCGAGUGAGAAGCCGCAAUCAGGUGUAACCAACAUGAUGGAAGGGUCCGAAGAGAAUGUAGCAUAUCAGAACGAAUCGAACAAGCAGAAUGCUGCCUUUGUCAGUUUUGCAACAUUUUUACAAAGCGUAGAUGCCUUUUUAAAGCAAAUUGAGAAGGUUCAAAUGGGGCAAAAAAAUUUAGGAGAGUACCAGGAAGAAAUGAAGCAGCUCUGCAGUGAGGUACACAAAAAGGGUGUCACUAACGAGGCAAGUAAUAAUCAAAAUGAUAAACCUCAAAUUGAUGGGGCCUUUCCAAACGGGAGCCAAACCUUUUUGGAGUUUUAUUUGCAAGAUAAUAACGUUACGUUUUAUUACACCAGCGUAGAUAACCUGGAAGGGACGAAGAACAAAUGUGAAGAAGCUGAACUGCUGCUUUACAACCUGUGUAAUGUUAGCACUUUGAUAGCUAAUUAUUUCUUCACCACUUAUGUGUACCUAAAUGGUGACGGUAACGUUGACUCGAAGACGUUGCUGCAUUUGGUUGGAAAAAUGAGCAGAACGGUGGAGGUGUUCCUCACCCUGAGUGCCACUGUAAAUACAAGCAUUCAUGCAUUUGUAGAAAACACAAGAAGGUACGAAGAUGUGAAGAAUGUAAUAGCUAGCUGUGGAAGUAGAAAAGAACAAGGAGAUCCAAAAUGUGACGCAAAUAAUUUCUUUCAAAAGGUGCGUAAUUUAAGUAGGUCCAUGUGUUCCUUAUUUGUACAUAUUUUUAAAAAUGGAUUAUUUGUAAAGUUAUUGGAUCAUUUGGAGAAGGGUCUUAAAACGAAUCGUGUCGUUGUUUACAACUUCGCGCAUCUCAUCCUGUGUUACGUGCAUAAGAACAUCCAACUGUUUAAUCUAAAAAGGAAGAAGUAUAAAAAUCCCGUGGGGGAGAGCCUUAUUCGUUUGAUCCAUAUCAUUGCGGAAGAGGACACACAAAAGGGGGACGAACAGAUCAAGGGAAAAUUAUCACUCAUGAUCCUGUCCUUGCUGCAGAUGUUAGAUGCGAAGGAAUAUUUUAUGAAGAAGCUAAUAGUGGGAGACACUUCCUCUAAAGGUGACAGUAACCAAAAUGACAAUGAUCCAAAUGGGGAGGAAGCAUCCAUGGAAAGCUGCAGAUCUUUUCUUUUGAAACAGAUCGCUCUCUUUUUCGUCAACCUUAUGCGUAGCGAAAAGGAGAAAAACGGUUUUAAAGUUGGACUAAGAAAUGGCACAAAAGGCAUGCACCGAAGCGGUGCCAGCACGGUGCCCCUACUAAUUGAAAUCAUCACGCGAGACGAACGUUUGGAAGGCGAAAUGAGCGCUACCCUAAAUGAGUUGUGCAAGUUGUACGUUAAGAAAUGGUACGGAGAUAGCUGCUUCCCACUGAGUAGCACCAUUGUGGAAAGAGUUAUUCGCCACGGAAUCAGGAGCGGGGAAAAUGACACCUGCGAUGGAAGCACAGUCCAACAUUGCUUCUUUCGGGGCAUCAAAAACGAGCGAACACAUUUGCAGCGGCGUGAGGAUGUCGAGAGAGAAGUAGAAGCGCACGUCCUGCGGAGGUACGUUGCCCUUUUCGAUUUGAAGGCCCUCCCUCAGGAAGCAACCUGUAACAACACCAAGGAGAAUGACAUUUUUAUGAUUUUUCUUUACUUGAUGGAAAAUAAGUACACCCCUCCGCUGUUCGACCAAAUUGAUAUGCACCGUUUGGAGAGCAUAACGCAUGAAGAAGUAUUUAAGCUGCCUCGAAAGAAUUUUUCAGACAUGCUGGCGGAAUUUUAUUUGAAAAAAUUUGCACACGCAUACAAAUCUGUUUAUGGGAGGCGAAACAGAAUUAGCUUUCUGUUGUUAAGCACGAAGAAGGCGAAAAAUAAAAAUUGCCUAUUUAUAGCAUUAUCCGUUUUGUACUUUUUGGGAAACAUGCUAAGUAGAAAAGAGCGAAUGCGACAACUGCUUAGACAGUACAGCAAAGACGUUGUGAGAAGAAUAUGCGAAGUUGCAUUCUUCUACUUUUAUGGCUACUUUUACAAAAAUGACAUUCCCAAGGGGGAGUGUAUAAUGAGGUGCUACGAGAGAGUUACCUUUUUUGUCUUCAAGGGGAUUUUUAAAAGGUUGAAAAGGAGUGGUGACACGAUACAUAAGGAAAGUUUCACAAAAGGAACGUUAAGAAGAAGAAAUGACCACUGCAUUUUGCUAGUUCUACUUUUGCAAAUGCUGAACCAAAAUGUGGGGAAAUUUAAGCUGGAAAAGAUGGUCAAUGACCAUCUUUGCGAUCUGCUAACUGACUUAGUGUUAUGUGUAAAAGGGAAGAAAAAUCAUUUUUACUAUGAAAAUGCAAUGAAGGAGUACAUGUAUAUUUUUAGUGAACACGACGUGGGUGAGGUGAAAAAGGGCAAAAAGCUGUACGCCGUUUUUUACGCCUUCUUUUUGCUCCUCAAAUAUGUGAAGUUAAGAAACUUGGACGCGCUAAUGUUGGUAGAGGCGUUUUUCAGAAAUUCCCAUGUAGGAAGGCUGAUUGUGCAGGAGUUGGAAGCGUUUAUUGGCAAACGAAUGGUUGGGAAGACCACGAAUGACGAGUGCAAUGAUGUGCUUAGUGGUGGAAACAAGAACAGCCUCCUGUUCAUCCUAAAACUGGUAAAAAUAUUCUACGAAGAAUGGUACGAUCAGAGCGGAGAGAAGGCACCCCAAACGCAAGCCAUAUGCUUGAAAACGCUAAACAAGGAUCUAUUCAAUGGACUGAAGAAAGCAUACAAUUACACCCUCGAAAGUGUAGAUGUGCAUAUUAGAAGUAUUUUCUUCGUUGACAUUUCGCAUUAUUUGAAGUCGGUCACUAUGGAGAGCAUCCUGGACAAUAAGCUAAUAGAUGAAGUUUUGAAAUUUAAAGAAUUUAAUUUAAAUAAUGAUGGUAGGUACGAUUGGCUGAAUAUGGAUACCAACAUGCUGAACAAGACGUGCUUGUACUUUUAUAUGAAUGAGAAUGUGCGCAGGAAGUUGGAAAGUGGGGAAAAGCAGUUUUUGUUUUAUCAGCACAUGAACAGAUCAGGGCAAAGCGAAUGUUGUGAGAGGGAAAUUUACCCAUCGGGGGAGGAACUAAACCAUAGCGCUUUUCGCAACAGUGCUGCAAAUGAUUCCAGUUGUGCCCAAUCUGAUGAGGAACAGUUAAAUUGUCAAGGAGAACUCCACAGUGAUUUUCACCAAACCGAUUGGAGAAUGAAAAAAGGGGAACUCCUGCUGAAGCUUUACAGGACAAAACUCCCACAUUGUAUUAUGAGCCAAAAUGAGUAUAUCAAAAGGGAAGUCUUUUUUUUAGCACAUAAAAUGAAGUUGGAGGAUAACAUUUAUGAUUACCUCUUUUUGCUGUGCUUAAUAGUUAGCAAGUUAAUUUUCUGCUUUAUCUUGAUGGCGGAAAAGUUGAGAAUUUUUUUCUACCAUUUCAGAAUUUUGUACACGUCGUAUCGGAAUGAAAAUGUGUUUUUAAAUUUUGACCUGCUAAAUAUGCAAGAGAUUAAUAGAAAGAUAAAGAACUACAUAAGGAAGUACCCAGAUAUUCAUUUUUAUAUAGACUAUGACAACAACGAAGAUGAGGAAAGAGGGGGGGAACACGGUGAGGGAAACCAGGUUGGUGGUGCUAUGGGUAAUUUCUCCCACACAUAUCAUGGCAACAGUGGUAAAGUAGAUCCACACAACAGUUAUAACGGAGGAAUCCAUCGGACGAACGAACACACAAGGAGAGGAUUCCCCUUUGGGAGUUCCAACAAACUUAUCACAUACGAUGAAGAGAAGGAACACUUUUACCAUUUGAAGAAAAACGAAAAAAAUAAUAAGAACUGCAAGUUUUGUAUAAAAUUUAAACAAAUCCACAGUGUUCACAGAUCUACGAGAAUUUUAGAUUUACUAGACAAGGAGGAAAAAGCGAAUGUCAAAAAUAUGAUUUACUAUGGAAAGACCAUUCGAACGAGUAUUUUUAUGAGCAGCCCGUAUGAAGGUAGCGCGUAUAAGAAUUGCAGCACAUUUAGGGAAGAACCGCAGGAGGAAGUUGAUGAAGAUAACAAACAGAAUGGUGUUGGGAAUGAAAGUGCCGAUGAGGGAAGUGCUGAGUUGGAGAACACCUCCAAUGAGAACGGUCACCAUGAAGAUCAGCAGAACGGAGUCGACGGAAACUACAAAGGAAAUACCACCACGCAGGAGAAAAGUUAUGCGAAGGAAAAACUGGCAAAAAUGAAGAACCACCCCAACAGCAGCAUCAACACGGAUUGUAUUGUCGACAGUAGUGAUCUCCUAUACGGAAGAAAAAUGAAGGAUAUUCAUUUUAGGAAGAAUUACAAAAAGUUGCUAAAGAGAUACCUUCUUAACGAUAUUGACUUCUUCGGAAAAUGGAUAAAAACAUUCUCGAUGAAUGCAUUGAAAAUUUUAAUAUUCUGUUUGAGUAGUAACGACAUUAUAGUGAGGAUGAUUAGCAUAAAGGGGUUGUCCAUAUUUUACCAGCUGAUUGAGAAUUCGUUUGUUCUGUAUAAAAUUAGGAAGAAAUUAAAUUCGUUUAGGAGAUUUGGCGGUGCAACUGCACAGACGGAAGAAGCAAGUCACGGCGUGAUAUAUAAAAAUAGCCUUUCGCAAAGGUACCACAAUAGUGGUAGUAGUAUCCAGCACAGUGGGGGCCGAAAGAAGAAGCAACGGAUGCUGGUUAUUCCCUUCAAGGAACUAUUUUAUUUGUUCUUCUUUAUGAAGAAGUUGAAAUAUUCAGUAGACCCGAAUUCGUACUACAUAAACCCCUGCGUGUCGACCUACUCGUUUUUUUUAAUAAACGAAAUUUACAAGAAAAAGGGCUUCAGGGAUAGUCUGAAAAAUCUGAUUAGGAACAAGACGUUUUCGAUUCAUUUUUUCCACGCGUAUUUGAAUAACCAAUUUAGGAAGACGAAUUUUAUGUCGCUAAAUGUUAUCAACUUUUUGAUCAUUGCGACGCAGGCGCUUUUCUCCACGAGGUAUGAUUUAAGGGGGGGCGGCCAAAAGGAUGAUGAAGAAUGUGCGGAAAAUCAGGAACUGGGCGAUCAGAACUAUGAUGAAGAAAAUGCAAAUUACACCACCGCGUAUGAUCAGAAUGGUGACUACAUGGAUGACAAUCAGUACCAUGGUAAUACAACACACGCACAAGAAAAAAGUAACACCAUCGAUAGGAGCUUCUUCGCAACGUCCAACGUGAGCCACAGAAUGGUUUACGAUUUUCAAAAUGAGGAUGACGAUGUGGAAGAAGGGAAUGAAAAUGGAAAGAGAGUUACCAACAAAGAGAAGGAGGAGGAAGAAGAAACUGUGGAUAAACUGCACUACAUUCAGGGGAAUCAUAAAAAUGCCAUAAAAACUAUUUUGAACAUAUUAAAUAAAAAUAAUAUUUUUGAGAUUUACCUGACCAUGUUUUUUAGUAAUUAUCUCAACUACAAUUUGUUGAAGAAGUUUUUAAUUCUGCUGGUCAUGUGUAGUGGUGUAUUGGUCCUGGAGGAUAUGCAGUUUGACUGUAUGGAUGGUGGGGACACUGAAGAGAGGAGGCACAACGGAGGUAGUGAUGACAACGGGGAUGAGCAGCAAAACGGUAGUGCCGACGUAUACUAUGGUGAAAGGGGUGCACAAGAUAACGAACCGGAUGGGACGAAUGGGGUCAGCGGGGCGAACCAGAACAACUGCGACGUGGUCUACUACGUCAAAAACAACCUCGUGCUGAAACUGAUAACCAGGAAUAACAUCCUGCUAUGGCUAGAUCGAAUGAUGCACCAAAAGUUGUUCCAAGAUGAAAUAGCGUUUUAUUACCCGACCUCCUUCACCAUGCCGGUGAUCAAUUUUUACGACACGGAUGGUGAGAAUGAGAAGCUUUACAUGAGCAGCGUGAACGUUGAAGCGGAUUGCUUUGCAGGUAAAGGCGAGGAAGAAAUGGCCUCUUUCGGAAGAUGUGAUCCUUGUUAUACGUCCAAAAAGGGGAAAUCAUUUGUGAAGAUGGGAAUGCAGAAAAGUGAGUCAGAAGAAGGAUCGAUAACUGGAGAGCCAAAAAACGAAACAGGGAAAGUAGAAACACAACCAAAUGAUAACAGACGCAGCAGGGAGAAGGAAGAAUGCCUUACCAUUGUUCUCUCCAACCAAAUGCACAUAGAUAAAAUUACCAAAAAUCGCUACAUUAUGGGCUACAUUUUUAAAGAGAGCUACGAAAAGACGUCUGAAAUAUUCUUUUACCUCUCCCUCUUUGUAAGCAACAUCGUUUCGAAUUUGUUUUACCCAAGUGUGGACUACGCCCAUAUAUUUACAAAUGCGCUUCUGAAAAAGGAAAAAAAAAAAAUAAAAAGAUUUAUACUAAAUAACGCACAAAGGGUGAUUAUCCAAAAAGGGGAACCAAGUAAAGGUAACUCAUUCCAGUUGUGGAAUUUCUGGUACAGUAAUUUCCACAAAUACAUUUCCCUUAAAGUUAGAAGCACUUUCAUUAUAAGGAAGGAAGGAAACGAAUUGAAAAGAUCCAAUUUAAAUAUCUUCUCAGAUUUGGUGAAAAUUAUAAAAAAUUUGAAUAGGAGUUUGUAUUACAUUUUUAUCAACCUCUUUCAUAUGGAAUAUUUUAGCCUCUUCAUUAAUGUGCAAAAUCAAGGCGUGAAAAAGGAGACUGCAAAACAGAGAGGCAGAAACUUUACUGCAGAUCAAACAACGAACAUUAGAGAAAUGAGAAAAGCUAAUUUGAAGACAUGUAGAAUAUUCGUAAAGUACAUAUUUCUUAUGUUCAAUAAUUUAUUUAACAUUUGCACAAGUGUGUUCGACCGGGGAGUUCCAAACGGGGAGUUCGCGCAGAAUUCCAUUUCGACCAAAGUGGAGGUAGAAGAGUCCUUCCUAAAUGAGGACCUAAGUUUUGUGCUCAACGAGGUGAUGAUUUUUCUCGAAAAUGUUGUAGUGCUUCAUAGCUACUUUAGUUCGUAUGGCUUGAGAAAACGUUCUGUUAAGAAGAACAAUUCGGAAAAUAAGCAACAUCGAAGGGGGAGAGAAACCAUACAAAGUUACCACAUAGAUAUACACAACACGCUGCUGAGAAGGACGCACGCAAAAUCCCCAAACAGAGGGAACUACACCUACUACCGAAAAAUAAUCCAGCUGGUUUUACACAUGCUACGUAAAAAAUGCUACAAUGGAAGUAAGCACUUUGGUUAUAUCUUCCUGAAUAAGCUAAUCACUGUUUACCAUUUUUUGGAAGGCACCAGCAGAGCAAAGGUGUAUUUGUACAUAUAUGAGUUGUUGAAAAUGACUAAGAGGACCCCCCUGGAGUCUUUGCUAAAUCAGGUCCUUUGA